AUGAGGCAGAGCACGAAGCGGGGCUGGGGACCCCCCAGACCUACCUCAGAGGCAGAGCCCAGCCCGGACGGGCCCCUGCGGCGCCAGCAGGGGCAAGAGGCAGCACCACGGGGCGCUGGGGCCUCGCUGGAGCGGCACGGCUGCCGGGGCGGCACCGGGGCAGCCCUGCAGCCCCCGGGACAGGCGGGACAACGAGGAACCGGCGCCCAGGCCGGCUGGUACGUGGUCUGGCAAUUGUUUUUGUCUAAAUUCAAAUUCCUGAGAGAAUUGAUAGGUGAUACGGGGUCCCAGCAGGGAGACAACGAGCCUUCAGAGGCUGAAGCUGAACAGGAGACUCCACCGUCGCCUCAGAGAGGUAGACAGAAGUCUGCUCGGCAGCGAAGGGCACAUACAGAAGACACAACUUAA